GUCUGGAGUGGGAGCGUUUUCACAGAGCGAACUCAGUUGACAAUCGAGCGGCGUGAGGAGCAGAACAACAAACAGUGAACUGAGAACUUAAGUGGACAACAAAAGUAAACAUGAUCGCGCACUUGAGACACUUGACCAGGCGGCUGCCCUUGCAGCGUGGCAUGUUGCAGCAACAACAGCGCAGCGCCAGCUACCUCAUCGAUCAGCCCGAGUACAGUUUCCUUAAGGAUCUCGGACUCGAACGCGACAAUCCCGGCGUUUUUGCUGGCCAGUGGCAGGGCCGGGGACAGAGCAUCACCAGCUACGAUCCAGGCACUGGCCAAGCCAUUGCCACAGUACGUCAGGGCAACGUGCAGGAGCUCCACAAUGCCGUCGGCUGGACCGUCGAGGCCUACAAACAUUGGCGUCAGGUGCCGGCGCCCGUGCGUGGCGAGAUUGUGCGUCAAAUUGGCGACGAGCUGCGCAAAUACAAAGAGCCACUGGGCAAACUCGUCUCCCUCGAGGUGGGCAAGAUCUACAGCGAGGGUCAGGGUGAGGUGCAGGAAUUCAUCGACAUCUGUGACUACGCUGUGGGCUUGUCUCGCAUCUAUGCCGGCCAGCUGAUCAAUUCGGAGCGUGCCCAACACACCAUCCUCGAGGCGUGGCGUCCACUCGGACUCGUUGGCGUCAUCUCUGCCUACAACUUUCCCAAUGCUGUGUUUGGCUGGAACGCAGCCAUCGCAUUGACCACCGGCAACACAGUGCUGUGGAAGGGAGCACCAAGCACACCGCUCGUCUCAGUGGCCACUACCAAGAUUGUGGCCGAGGUGCUGCGUCGCAACAAUCUGCCUCCUAUCGUGAGUCUCUGCCAAGGUGGCACCGAUGUGGGUGCUGCGCUGGUGGCCGACAAACGUGUCAAUCUCGUCAGCUUCACGGGCAGCUGUCAGACCGGUCGCGAUGUCGGCGUCGAGGUGCAGCGUCGCUUUGGCAAAGUCAUCCUCGAGCUGGGUGGCAACAAUGCGCUGGUCAUUGAUGAAUCGGCCAACGUGAAGAUGGCUUUGGAUGCGGCGCUCUUUGGCUGCAUUGGCACCAGUGGACAACGUUGCACGACCACGCGGCGCAUCAUUGUACACGAGAAGCUUCACGACAGCUUCGUGGAAGCGUUGACGGAGAAGUACGCACAGCUAUUGCCACGCAUUGGCCACCAACUGGAGGUGGACACACUGGUGGGACCCGUGCACUCCAAGCAGAACGUGGACAGCUACAAGGCAACCAUUGAUGAGGCCAAACUGUUGGGCGGCAAGGUGGCCUUUGGCGGACGUGUUGUGCAGCGUCCUGGCCACUAUGUGGAGCCCACCAUCAUCACGGGACUGGCGCACGAUGCCAGCGUUGUGCAUCGCGAGACAUUUGCACCUAUCGUCUAUGUGCUGAAGGCGCGCAGCGUCAACGAGGCCAUCGCCUGGAACAAUGAGGUCGAACAGGGCUUGUCCUCGGCCCUCUUCACCGAGAACAUGACACAGGCAUUCAAAUGGAUUGGUGCCCAGGGCUCCGAUUGUGGCAUCGUGAACAUCAAUACGACGACAAACGGUGCUGAAAUUGGCGGCGCCUUUGGCGGAGAAAAGGCCACCGGAGGUGGUCGCGAAUCUGGUUCGGAUGCCUGGAAACAGUACUGCAAGCGAGCGACCAUCACACUGAAUCAUUCUGGAGAAUUGGCUUGCGCUCAAGGCGUUGUCUUUAAUGUAGAGUAA